AUGGCAUUUUUCAAAAAUUUUCAGCAGAAUCUGCCUUCAGUGUCCUCUCUGGUGGACACAAUCAGUAAUGCUGUGGAAGAUUUGACCACUGCUGUGGGGGAAGUCAGCUAUGCUUUCACUGACUCGGUUGCUGAACAGGUAGCAAGUAUGAUAAGCGGCUUCUGCCCAGAAGAGGAAAGCCCUGCAGCAACAGAAGCUGUAGAUACUUCUAAACGAGAAAAUACCACGUUACCAGAAGUCUCUAAAAACACUAAUUGUCAGAAAACACAAUUCGAUUUAGAGCACCAAGCAAAUCGAAUAAAUAGCUAUAAUACUUCAGUUUCACAAAAGCAAGAUCAAGGAAUGAAUGAAGAAGGAGUAUUUAAACAUAUUAAUAAUAGGCAACAGACACUAUCAAAAUAUCAAGAAACCGAUACUGCUGGUGAUUCUUCUUUGAAAGGCCAGAUGAGUGAUGGUAGGAUAUCAGUUAGCAAGCAGUAUGCAAGGGCUGGAUCUACUUGUCAAGAACUUGAAAGUACUGACAGAUGUAGAAAAUAUGGAUUAGGAAUUUCCAAUAAUGGUAAGCAUGACCUAAAGGAGGUAAGAUUUCAAGAAAUGCAAGAAAAUUAUUUAAAGAAGGCUGAAAAACAUAUUAAAAGUAAAGGAUCCAAAGGGAAUAAGUGUUCAGGAAAUGAAUGUUCUCCAAAAGGUAUUUUGGAAAGCAAUAGACAUAUGAUACAGAAAUCCAUUAAGAAAAAAGACAUACAUCCAGCAGCAUCAACUAAUUCUAAAGGUAAGUGUUAUGGAAUCAAAGAACAAAUAAAUCCAACAAAAUACUACAAAGUGAAAGGAGACAUAAAAACAAAGAAAAACGAAGCCAUUUCUGCCAAAAAAGAAACAGCAAAGAGUAAAGAUGAAAAAUAUUCUGAGAUAAUACCAGAAAAAGAUAAUUCCUACAUUGACAAAGAUGAGCAUGGUUCGUCCUCUGAAAGUGAAGAUGAAGCACUGGGUAAAUAUCAUGAGGCCUUAUCCAGAACACACAAUUCCAGACUACCAUUGGCAGAUUCUAGACAAAAGAGCUAUACUUGGGAAACAAGACAGAAAUAUAGCCCUCUCUCUGCAGAGUAUGAUGGAUACAGUAGCGAAGCAUCAAUAGAUGAAGGAAACUGCAUUCAGAGAAUGAGAAGAACACCCCCACUGGAUGAAUUGCAGCCACCACCAUAUCAGGAUGACAGUGGUUCUCCCCAUCUCUCAUGUACACCCUCAGAAAUUGGGGACAGUAAAUGUGAAUUUUCCCACUGCAGCAACAGUCCAAGAUGCUCAUAUAACAAGUGUCCAAGUGAAGGAAGCACAGGUCAUGAAAUAGAAAGUUUUCAUAAUAAAGGAUAUGAAGAAGAUGUUCCAAGUGACAGCACUGCAGUCCUGAGCCCUGAAGAUAUGUCAGCUCAAGGAUCAUCUUCACAGCUUCCUAAACCUUUUGAUCCUGAGCCAGAAGCUAAAUAUGGCACGCUGGAUGUGACUUUUGACUAUGACUCACAAGAACAGAAGCUGCUGGUAACAGUGACAGCUGUCACAGAUAUCCCAACAUAUAACAGGACAGGUGGCAACUCAUGGCAAGUACACCUUGUUCUUCUACCUAUAAAGAAACAGAGAGCAAAAACCAGCAUCCAAAGAGGACCAUGCCCUGUCUUCACAGAAACAUUCAAAUUUAAUCAUGUUGAAUCUGAGAUGAUUGGAAAUUAUGCAGUUCGGUUUAGACUGUAUGGUAUACAUCGCAUGAAAAAAGAAAAGAUUGUGGGGGAAAAGAUUUUUUAUUUAACAAAACUGAAUCUUCAAGGGAAAAUGUCAUUACCUGUGAUAUUGGAACCUUCUUACAAUCAUUCUGGCUGUAACUCCCAAAUGAGCGCGUCAGAAGUCUCCUGUAGUGAAAGUACAUCCUCCUGUCAGUCUCUUGAACAUGGCUCAGUUCCAGAAAUUCUCAUUGGCCUGCUUUAUAAUGCCACAACUGGGAGACUAUCAGCAGAAGUGAUAAAAGGCAGCCACUUCAAAAACUUGGCAGCAAACAGACCACCCAAUACAUAUGUUAAAUUAACUCUACUGAAUUCCAUGGGUCAAGAGAUGUCCAAAUGCAAGACAUCCAUCCGCAGAGGGCAGCCAAAUCCAGUAUACAAGGAAACGUUUGUUUUUCAAGUGGCCCUAUUUCAACUCUCUGAUGUGACACUCAUACUGUCUGUGUAUAACAAACGCAGCAUGAAAAGAAAAGAGAUGAUAGGCUGGAUUUCUUUAGGUCUGAACAGCUCUGGAGAAGAGGAACUCAAUCACUGGACUGAAAUGAAAGAGUCGAAAGGACAGCAAGUAUGUAGAUGGCACGCGUUGCUAGAGUCGUGAUGACUAGGAUUAAUGAGCAAUUGCAGUUCAAGGCAGGGUCAUUUCUGAGUACAACAUUACUCUUCUUACCUAGUCACCAUGGGAAGAUCUAUUCUUUGAAGAAUCGUCUUUAACAUUCUACCCAAAUGCUUUAAAUUCUGUGGAAAGAACAUCUAAUACGGACAUAAAUGAAGAAAAGAAGUGUCUCUAGUAGAGCUUGUUUGAGAAAAUGAGAAACUUUCAUCUUUCUUAAACUGACAAUCCUCCAGAACUUUAAGAGCAUCGUUUUGGUUUGAAGUUAAUUUUACUCUAGCAAAAGAGCCAAUAAUUUUAUGAAAAAUCAAAAUUAUAAAUGAUUUUGAAAAUCAGAAUUUUUAGUUACAGCACCCUUUUAGGUCACCCUACAUAUACACAGGACAAAUUUUGACUGGCUCAUCCCUGGUGUUCGUAAUGUUCUUUAAUAUGCGAAAGUCAUUCUCCAGCGUUGUCAGUCAGAUCUAAUGGUGAAAGGUUUCAAUCACAUUGAAAAUCAUUUUAUUUCAGAUAUUUUCCCUUUGUGCACUUAGUUUUGUUGUGCCUCAGUUCUUCUCAAUAGCACUAAAUCUAAGUGCAAGCAAGUAUUCAUUUUCAUAAGGGAAUGUUUUUUAUGUGUUAUUUUAAGAAAAGCUCACUUCUUCAUUUGCCUCUGAUUUUGCCUGAUCCAAAGAGACCAAGUUACGGUACUGGUCCCUUGCAAGUCUUCUAGACAGGUUGUACUGUAGACCAUGUAACUUUCUGUUGAAAGCACUUCCUGUAUUCUUGUAUUCCAAUGUAGGAAGCUAAUAGAGCAGGACUUCACUUUAAAAUCUCUUUCAAUGGUUGACUCUUUAAAAUUGUAAUAACGUGAAAAUACAUUUUUUACAAACUAAAAAAAUAUAGUGAAUAAGCUGUUGAAAAUUGAAAACAAUUCAAGUUAAAGAAAAUUUUAAUCAUCUGCUCUGAGUAUUUAGUAACCAACACUGCAUAAAGCAGGUAGCAUUCAAAUAAGAAACAGUUCUCUUCACUCUUACUUCAAUUUGUAUUUGUGAUCUAAAGACUCUCCAGUUCUAAGUGUGAAUCAGAACAUCAUGUUAAAAACAGUUCUGAGAUUCCUUAAGAAGUUUCUAGUGACUUGUGACUAGAUUUUUUGAGAUUUACAGGUACGUUCUUCAGCGUGAUGUCAUCCUGUGCCUUCCAUGUAAGUUAAAUUUGCUCAUACAGCUUGAAAGUUGUAUUUGCAAAAUUAGGCCUUCAAUUUUUAUAAAUGUGAAGAUUAGAUUCCUCAAAACAGUGUCACAAGAUCUUUAUUUCCUCAGAAGUAUGUAAAAGUUGUAUAAUGUGCUAAUUUUUUUAAAUGGCAAGGCAUUUGUUGUUUUUAUAUUUAGGAACUCUGAUUACCAGGAAUAUUAUAAGCUGUUUUCUUUUUAAUUUUGCUUCUUAUCCAAUAUAUAAUUUUAUGCAUAUACUUUAUUAAAUAGAAUAUGUUUUUUAUAUAUGAGAAAUAUUUUUUUUCUCUUUCUAAUUUCUAGUUAAAUUAGAAACAUACUAUUUACCAAUUACUAAAAAGCGGUAUAUCAUUGUUCCUAGUCCCAACUAAGUACUAUGUAUUAUUAUAAGCUAGAACUUGUUAUUACCAUAAUAACAAAACCAUGCAUAGAUAUUAUUACUUCAGCUUGGCUGUACUGAAAGGCCUUAAAAGAAACCCAAAAGGACAGUGAACUCCUAAUAUUUUUUAGUUUAAAAAAUGGCAGCUCUAUGCAUUCAUACAUAUGAGUUAUAUGAUAAAAUACAAAUGCCGUAUCAGGUGACAUGGGGUUUAAGAAUGUGUGUUAGAGAGUUGCAUUAAAGGGAAAAAUCUAUUCUUUUAUUAUUACAUUAAUGAGCAUUUUCCAGGGUUUUAUAAAUGAGUUAGGUUAUAAAGUUAAAACAAGAAUAAAAUGACAGAAUAUCGCAUGAAAGUAUUUUUAGCAACAGUUAUGCAAAGAGAUUGGAAGGGGGGCAGUAGAUUUUACUGCGAAAUUGGUUUUAGGCAUUUGAUGCUGCAAGUAUCUUUUCUGGCUUUGAAACAACUAACUGCAUUGCUAACAACUGGGAUCGCCCUAAUAAUAAAAAGAGUCUUAUCUGUAGCUGUAACAAAGCCUAAUCAAAUACAUAUGAGACCAGCUUGGUGCUUUCUCCUACAGCAAGGAAAAGAACACUAACUAAAUGUUAUUUGUUAAAUCUGUCUUUCUUCAGACUAUGCCCAGAAUUGUGUGUGUGUGCUUGGAUACAUCCUUAGGGGUUUAUCUGGUCUGAGUAUAUCAAAUCCGGUAUGGCCUAAAAUUUAAUCAACAAUUUUUAAAUAUUUCAAGAAAGACCCUACCUCCACCCCAGCUGCCAAGUCCUCAAAGAUUAUGAAGUGUAUGUAUGUGUAUCUGUAUACACACACACACAUGCCUAUACACACAACAUAUAUAUACAAUAUGUAUAUGUGUGUGUGUGUGUAUAUAUACAUAUAUAUAUGUAUUUGUAUAGGUGAAGGUGCCCUGGCUUUCUCAGCUAACUAAAUAGAAAAGCAUUUAUCAAGUUUAUGGAUUAUUUUUCUCCUCCGUAUGUUUACGAGAAAUUAUAUUUGGUUUUGGGUGCUAUUUGCUGCCAUUCUCCUCCACACACAGCAAAAUAUAUAUCUUUUUAUCCUUUGGAUUGACACAGCUUAGAGUAAUUACUCCCCCAAAUUUGUCUCUUAUUUUAGAAAAAGAUUAAAUAGGGCUUAAGAGACCCACUCACUCUACUGAAUCUAACGUACGAGACAGUACUACUGCUCUUUUGUGUGCUUGGAUUUGCAUGAAAGCUUAAAGGCAAAAUAUUGUAUCUUAGCAAUUAAAGCAAAUAGGGGCCCACUGGUGGGCAGCAGGUGUUGUCUGAGAAACUUGAGAAAGAUAACCCACUUUCUUAUUUUCCUCUUAAAAUCCCCUAAGUUUUAUAAUAAAAUGAGAUAGUCCAAAUACAGCGACUGACUGGCAUUCAUGGGAGCUCCUGAGCAUGGAAUUACAAGUUUUAUUUGUCUCCCAAAUGAGCUGCAACAUGUAGUUGUUUAUUACUGCCCAGGAAGCAAAGUAUAUUUUAUUUUAGUUUUAUUUUUUAUUUAUUUAUUUUUUGCGGUACGCGGGCCUCUCACUGUUGUGGCCUCUCCCGUUGCGGAGCACAGGCUCCGGACGCGCAGGCUCAGCGGCCAUGGCUCAAGGGCCCAGCCGCUCCGCGGCAUGUGGGAUCUUCCCGGACCGGGGCCCGAACCCGCCUCCCCUGCAUCGGCAGGCGGACUGUCAGCCACUGCGCCACCAGGGAAGCCCGCAAAGUGUAUUUUAAAUCAGAAAAGAAUUUGUUUAGUAUAUCCUCUUACCUUUAAGAAGUUUUCUUCCGUAAUCUUAUGCCUUCUUUACUAUUCGCAUUUUGUGUGAAAUCUCUUUGCGUAUUUUCUUACUGUGCAUUCAGUGAAUUCUCAAUAAUGUUGUAUUUAGUGACAAAAAUAAUAAACUGAAUCACAAUUUUUAAAAAAGAAAAACCAGUGAGAAAAUAUCUAAACUACCCUUAUUAAUACAUACAUGUUUAAGUGUAGGGCCUGGUAGGGCACUUUCAUCUAGUCUAGUUCAGAAGCCCAGGGCUAUAUGUUAAAUCAUUUUCUUCAUACCAUCAUCAUUUUCACUUAUCUAGUGAAUCAGAAGCAUAAUCAAUGCUUGCAAAAGGAAGGUAGAACCAGUGGGGCAAGAGUUCAUAGAACUGAGGGUGUUCUUUAAGAUGGAGAUAGAGAUCAAAUGAUAUCAUAGUUUUUCAAGUGAACGGAGAGAUAGGCUAUUUGAAAGUGUAAACUUUAGAUGAAACUACAACAGCAGUCACCAACAAAUUUUUCAAGGUCUCUAUCCAGCUGUUAAUGGCGAUAACACAAAUUCACUUCCAUGAAAUUGCCAUUUGCCUACAUAAACUAGAUAGUCUACUCAUAGAGAUUUUUCUCAUUGAUAGCUAUUAUUCGGAAGUUUUCAUUUUUUUUUCCAUUUUACUGUCCCCAGUUCACCCAUGACCUACACUGGAGGUGGCCAUCAGUAUCAUCGUCACCAACCAAACUCAAUAUUGAGCACAAGGUUAAACGUACUAUGGAGCACUUUUCUUAAAUUCACUUUAAAACAUCAUCUGUAUCCACCAAAAUGUCUAAUAAUGAUGAUGGUAACCGCUAUAAUUUAGUAAGGUCUAGCACAAUAAUUUAUUAUUUUGAUUCUCACAACAGUGGUAUGAGGUAAAUGAUAUUAUCAACAUUUUAUAGAUGAAGAAACUGCAGGAUAGAGGUUAAACAGACUUGCCUAAGGUCAUCCAGUAAGUAAAUAAUAGAACUGGGAUUAGAGCCCACAUAUACAUUACUCUAAAACCUAUAUUAUACAUAUUGCAAUUGCAUCCCUCUUUACUAGUUGCAAGAAAAAACAGGACAACAUUAUAUUCAUCAGUAAUCCCACCCACUUUAAUUGGAUGGCAGCACUAGAAAAAGAGAAGGAAAAAACAGAGCUUGGGAAAGAGAAAUACCAGGCAAAGAAGAAAAGAAGAUUAGAGGGGUUUUUUGUCUUCUGGGGACACAGAUGGUACUUUUGUGUCAUACUUUGUAGAUGACAUAUUUUCAAAGGCUUGGGGAUUAAUUUACUUCUGCCAGUUUACCCUAUACUUACUUAUAUUCUGAAAGUGUAUUAAUCAAUUUGUUCUCUUCCUUGUCCACUGUUGGGAAUCCAAAAUACUUUAAUUGUACAUGAUCCCCUUUCUGCCCUACGAAGUGGAUAGCCUGUGUCCAUGAACACGUAUCUUGCCCAUACCAGUGGUGAAAGGAAAGACUUGUCUUCCUCUGCACUCUGAUUGCAAUUUAAAUUGCUUCUCUACCCUUUCUUAAGGUUUAACUGGAUUACAGCUAAUUUUAUUACAUAUGUCUCUCCCCUCGGUAGUACUUAAUGCUUUAUCUUGUUAUCUUUAUGUGCCCCUUGUUCAUAGUAGGCACACUAUAAAUAUUGACUAAACUAAAUUCCCUACGGAGGAAAUCAAUAAUACUGUUAUAUGGCUCAAUAUUUAUGAAUCUUAUGCAUGGAUUUAUUUAUGUCUUCAUUAGUACCUACUAUGUACCAUGUAUUUUUCUAAGUGCUACAAAUGCAGAGAUAACAAAUUGGGUAGACAAAGUCUUUGCCCUAAUGGAGCUUGCAUGCUAAGGUGGGGAUAGCCACAGAAUGAUGUAACUUUAGCACAGGAGUACAAUGUGGAGUUCAGAAAAAUCUUCCUGGAGAAAAUAACCCCUGGGUUGGGUCUUAGAGAAUAAAUACAGAUUAGACUCCCAUCAAGGAACUUAUUCUCUCCAAGGGCAAAAUUUAAAACAGUGGUUCCCAAAUUAUAGUGUGUUUAAGAAUUAUUUUGAGAGCUUAAUUUGUAUUCCAAAGCCCCACCUCCAGAGAUUCUAUUUCAUUUGGUCUGGAGUGGAGCCCAAGAAUCUACAUUUUAUUAAGCUCCCCAGGAAAUUCUGUCUGUGAGGCACUGGUACAGAAUAUUGAGCUCAUUAUAUAGAAUUAUUGGCAGCUGUCUAACCAUAGAUUAGUUCUUCAAGUGUGAUAGUGAUAAAGAAGAGCAAGAUUAAGACUAGGAUUAGUGCUGUUGAUGUGUGUGUGUGUGUGUGUGUGUGUGUGUGUGUGUGUAUGUGCGCUGCCUUAAAGAGAAAGAUAUUUAAUGAGAAAUUAAAAGUGAUACUUAAUUAUGAGCUCCUGUGCAUUCACAUUCAAGAUAACUUUUUCAAAGUGUUUCAUGGUAUAAUAAAUUCUAUUGUGUUAGUUUUAUGAUUCCUGAAAAUUACUUUGGAUUAUUUUCAAAUAUUUCCUUCCAAACUGUCUUUACAAUGAUAGACACAAGGCAAAGAGAGAGUCUGAGGAAGGUGUUUACCUAGUACAUCUGUCAAUAUUCUAAAUGAAAUAAGGCUGACCUUUAAGUAUGUAUAGUGGCAGCCAUAAGUGGUGGCGUUUUUCAUUCUUGUGUAUAGUAAGCUUUCUUGUCUUUUGUCAUCAUCCUGCAUGGCUUCAUUGUCAUUACACUCAGCAGACGAACCUCAUUCCUGUACUCAUUCCUGGAUUCUUCACUAGAAAUAGCAAUGUUUCUAUCACUUCUGCUCUGAUCUCUAUUUCCUUGAUUGCUUGGCUCUUUCUUAGGGUCUUUUAUUUCAAGUAACAAGUUCAUACAGCAGCCUCAAGUCCUCCUUUUUCUCUAAAAAUAAAUGCCGUAUAUAGGUUCAUCUGAGUUCCUAUUUCCCCUCAUUUAUAAUGUAGGCAUACCUCCUUCUCUGGUGUAAUAUUUUGCAUGAAUGUAUUUUACAUUUUGAAAGUAUUUUUCCCAACAAAUAUCUGUGAUUAACCCACUGAAAAAUGAGGUUAUUUGAAUUUUGAAAUAAUAUGGUAUGGAAUUAGGCUGUUUCGUGACUGCUGCUGUAUCAUUGUGUUUGGUCCGAUUAUAGCUUGAAAUCUGGUUAACAUAAUCUUAACGUGAAAGAGUUUGAUAAACUUGAAUUAUUAGUCCAUUAUCAAAAAUGAAUGUAAGAAUCUUGCUUUAUUUUCCUCCUAAUAGACAAGUAUGUAUCUUGCUUAAAAUGUUCCUUCUUUCUUCCUCCCACACUUUUUUCCCCAGUCCUAUUCAUGUACAUUCACACUGGAAUUCUGAGUUCAUCACAGCUGCAUAAUUCCUAACAAAAAGUGAUACCCUGACUUUUUUCAUUUUAAUCACAUGUGCUGGAUACUAGAGAGGACUGGAUAGGUUUUCUCAGAGACUAGAGAGAGAGCAAAGCAUGACCCUCUUUAGUCAUUAAGUUUCUUGUAUCUCUUGUGAUGGUUGCUGUUGUUGCUGUGCACCUAAUCUUGAAUAGUGUGAAGUUCCCUAAUAUCAUGCUGUAUGGGUUGGGAGCAGAGAAGGAAAUUUGAUUAUUAAUCUAACAAAAAUAUGGCAUAAUUUUAUUGUACAUAAAAUUAGUACAUAAAAAUUUCUAAAUAAUUAUGAGAACAAAGUCACUGAUGUGGCAGUAGUUUUGCAAGAUGUUUGACGUUAUUUCAAUGUCAUUUUGACAGUCUGCAUCUCAAAUUGUCCUAUUAUUUCAGGAUCCUUUUUCACUCUUUUUUUAUUAUUCUGAUGACUGUUUGAUAUUUGAGUUUGUCUUUUAAAUAUUCAAGACUAUUUUUAAAAGAAAAAACCUAACACCUUUCUGUUUCUUCCUUUAACAUGUGAUCUCUCACCUGACACUUUUUGUGAUUAAAAUGAAUACCCAACAGAUGAAAUAUAAUACUCUAUUAUACACUGAAAAAAUAAUUAUCUGAAAUUUGUUUAUAUAUUCAGGUAUUGCUUGAAUGCUUAUUUCCAUAAAUCUAAGCGGUUAAUAUUAAAUAUGGCUAUUGUAUUCAAUGAGAAAAUAGGGAUUUUUCCCUUAUCUCUGAGAUUUAUUGUCUCUCUUGGCUUUUACAUCUGGUUGAAGGCUGUGAACCUCUUGCCAGCACUUCAUUUGUCAAUUUCUGAGUGUGCUCACCUCCUCCAGAUGGUAUUAUUUUUGGUAACAACCAAACCUUUUAUACCCUCAGGGUUGGUCCUUACCAGUGAUUCCUGUUCAUAACCCCCAUUAAUGUUGAUGAAAGUAAUACAUAAGCACCAGUAGAAGAAAAGACCCCUAAAGUGUAAAGGAUCAAUAUCUUAGCACUCUGGUAUAAGAUGACCCCGUUAAUACCUCAGUAUGAUUUCAGUCGUAAUGGAGUGGAAGCCAACUUCUUGGAAAUGAGAUUUUCGAUCAUUAUAUCGUAAAUUCUCUCCUUUUGGUCUUCUCUCUUCCUCCUCUAGCUUGAACAUUCUUUUUAUUUUAAAUUUUGUGAGAAAGCCUUUUCUAAAUUCCUGGUUUUAAAAUUGUUCAUGUUGACUUAACUGGGCACUUUCAUAAUUAAAAAGGAAAACUGAAGUAGAUAGUGUCAUUGGAAGGCUUUGGGCAGGGAGGGUGCUUGUUCUUGUUGGGGCAUUCUGUUUGCAUAAAUAUUGAGAAUAUUUACAACAUUCUAUAAUUAUGUCGCAUUUGUUUUGUGAGGGGAGACCAGGGUAGCUUUUACAUAUAAAUUGGCUCUCUUAGUAUUUACGUAUAUUUUAACAGUCAUUUGAAACACAGCUAGGAAAUAAUGGUGACAUUUCCAACAGUAUUUUGCAAUUAUAAAUAUUACUUUAAAUUUACUCAGAGAAAAUUUCCAGUAGUAGCUUGCAUUACAAAGUUAAUUUAUAAUGUUUCUACAUAAUUUUAUUGAGAUGAGUUUUCUUUUUGUGGUGAAAAUAAUAUAGUGGCAACAAUUUUGAGGAAUCUUUAAAGCUGUCACAGAGGGGAUAGCCAAACUUUGGCUGGAUUUUUACUAGAAUUUUGAAAUAAGAAAAUGUAUCAAUAUUACUUUUCAGUUCAAUUAGUCUUGAUGAGAAACAGUUAUUAUAUGGGCUUUAAGGGUCUUGAUAAAUGUUGGCAUCUGUUCUUUUUCUAAAACUCAUGAUGGUCAUCACUGCUCAGUACUCUUACAUUGUGUUUUAUUUGUCAAAAUAAUGUAAUUUUUAUGGAAAACUCAAUUAGUGGAAUCUUUUAUUCAGUAUUCCCUUAUUUUCUUUCCUUCUUCCUUUCCUCUUUCAUUCUUUCUUUCUUUUUGAGGCAAGAAGCUUAAUAGUAUAGUUUCUACAGAGCUUUCUUACUUAUUUUUCUAAUAAUGUAUAUAACAGCGUGAUGAAGUUUUAAUGCUCUAUGAGCAAAAUACUCUAUUAAACAACCUGAAGAAAUGCACUGCUGAUUAACAUUUCCUUUGGUCUUAAAUUGUCUCCAAAUAUUUUCUAGUGAUUCUAUACCAUGAAUGGAUCUUACUAAUAUAGCGUCUGUGUGGUUAUCAACAGUGUUGUAUAAUUGUCACAUAUUAAUUUGCAUUUUUGAUUAAAAAUAUAAACAGAUGUGUGUGUGAAACAACCCAUUUUAUAGAAUGAGCAUAUAUCUAACCAUUUUCAUGUAAUUGAAAAUGUGCUGUAUGUUGCAUUUUUUUUCUCAUGUCAACUUUUCUACUAUCUAUACACCGAUUGUCUCGGUGCCUUUUUCCUUUUGUAUAAUUGUAUUACUUAAAGAAAUUGCUGACGUCUGUGUAAACAAUGUAAAAACUGUUAAAAUUAUUAAUCCAAGGAGAUUUUAAUGGCAGUUUAAUUUUCCAGAGAAUAAAUUUUUGUGUGGGUUACAAGUUA